AUGAUGGUCGAGCAAACCUGGAUCAGCAGCGCUGAGUUCAAACAUAUUUACUGCAUGAAGGCUUAUGUGGACUUUGAAAUAACUGAAGGCGCCUACGAGAUCUCGUGUCCGGAUGCCCAAUGUCCGGCGCAAGGCAUUAUGACACUACCCGAAAUCGCGAAUCUUACGACGACUAAUUUGAUGAAGAAGCACCAUCGAUAUCGACUCAAUAAAGAAAUCGAAAUGGAUAAGACGCGCACCUGGUGCCCGCGUGCCGGCUGCGAAACCGUUUGCCUUGUCGGCACCGGUCCACAUUCCGAUGCCACACCAUCCACCUCAACUGGUAGUGGUGGUGGCGGCGGCAUCCCCACAACAGCUUUCACUGACAGCCAUGGCACGCAACAGAAUCUUUGCGCCGUUCAGUGCCCAUCGUGUAAGGAUGAAUUUUGCUCGGCCUGCAAGAAAGCGUGGCAUCCCAAUAUGACUUGUGAGGAGAAUAGUCGUCGUUUGGUGGCGGACGGUCAGGAUGACAUUGGUAUACCCUUCGACAACGACCUCAUCAAGUGUUGUCCCAUGUGUGCUGUGCCCAUUGAAAAGGAUGAGGGCUGUGCGCAAAUGAUGUGUAAACGUUGCAAGCACGUCUUCUGCUGGUAUUGUCUGGCUAGUUUGGAUGACGACUUUCUCUUGCGUCACUACGACCGUGGGCCAUGCAAGAACAAACUUGGACAUUCCCGUGCGUCUGUGGUGUGGCAUAGAGCGCAAGUUAUUGGCAUUUUUGCCGGUUUCGGUAUAUUGUUGUUGGUAGCGUCACCGCUACUCCUUUUGGCAGCACCCUGUAUUAUAUGUUGUAAAUGUCGUAGUUGCAGUGGUGCUAGAAUUGAUGAAGGCGAUGCCGAGCUGGACGAGGCGACAGCGUUACAAAGUCUUUAGAAGGCGCCAAAGAACCGUAAAUAGGAAUUUGGACAAAAAAUUGAACGAACAAAUAAAAUACAGUAAAAUGGAAAAAACAUAAAGUAAAAAAAUUACUUUUACCAAUUUAUUUGACUAUGAAAAUAUAAUCUGGAAAAUAUUAAUACCAUAUGUACGAGUAUAUAUAAAUGUAUUUAUUAAUAAUCAAUGAAAUGCAAAAAAUACGCAAAGAAACAAUAACCGGCUUUAAAAUGUUAUUUGUUUAGAAAUCAUAAUGAAUUGCAAAUUGCAAACCGAAAUCCAGGCCAAACCACUCAAGAAAAAUAAGAAUAUUAAAAUACUAUGUUACACAAAAUGCUGCAGUGGAAAACAAUGUUAUGAAAGAAAUGACAAAAGAAAAUCAAAAUGAUCUAUAAAAAUUGCUGUUAUGUAUGUAUGUGCGAAGUUAGAUGAAUAGCUAACGGGUAUAUAGGAUGUA